CCCGAUUGGCCCAAACGGGGGUAAGCUGCCCCGCUCUUCCGCCCCCGCCCCUGUCAAUGGCCCGCUAACAACUCCGGACCCCGUACCAUCCGAACCUCAAACUUGGCAGGAGGCGGUAACAUGCCGUGAGCUUCAACUCCCCGGAACUGCCGCCGCUUGCCUCACCCUCCUCCAAGUCGGCCAGUACCAUCGCCAUGGCUCGCUCGGGGGCGGCAUCGACGAAUUCCUCUUCCAAGAGGAACGGGCGCGCUGCCAAUGGCAAGACCAACGGCAAUGCCAACGGGAACCGCAGCGCCGAUGCAAACGGUGCGUCGGCCGGCGAAGCGCAGCUCGACGUCGACCCCACGGAUCCCAAGUACCGCGACUUCUUCUGGACCUACACCGAGGAGCCACACCGCACAAGACGUCUUGCCAUCAUCAAGGCACAUCCAGAGGUCACCAAGCUCUGCGGGCCGGAACCUUUGACCAAGUACGUCGUAGCUGGUGUCGUCGCUCUCCAGCUGCUGCUCGCACACCUCCUGCGCGACACGCCUUUCUGGUCGUGGAAGUUUUGGGCCGUCGCCUACGUCUUCGGCGCCACCUCGAACCAGAACCUCUUCCUCGCCAUCCACGAGAUCUCGCACAACCUCGCCUUCCGCUCGCCCACAGCCAACCGCCUCCUUGCCAUCUUUGCCAACCUGCCCAUCGGGCUGCCGUACAGCGCCUCGUUCAGGCCGUACCACCUCACCCACCACAAGUCCCUCGGCGUCGACGGCCUCGACACGGACCUGCCGACCGCUCUCGAGGCCUUCUUCCUCGACUCCAUCCUCGGCAAGGCCUUCUUCUGCACCUUCCAGAUCUUCUUCUACGCCAUCCGGCCCAUGACCAUCUACCGCGUGCCGUUCACCUGGGUGCACUGGGUCAACCUAGCGGUCCAGCUCGCCUUCGACUACGUGCUCGUGUUCCGCCUGCCGGCCUACUUCAGCGCCCAGUCGCUGCUGUACCUGCUGCUGUCCUCCUUCCUCGCCGGCUCGCUGCACCCGACCGCGGGCCACUUCAUCGCCGAGCACUACGUCUACGAGAAGGUGCUGCCGGAGGCCCGCGACCCGCGGAACAACAUCCCCAUCCCGGAGACGUUCAGCUACUACGGCCCGCUGAACCUGGUCACGUACAACGUCGGCCUGCACAACGAGCACCACGACUUCCCCGCCGUCCCCUGGACGCGGCUGCCCGCGCUGCACGAGAUGGCCAAGGAAUUCUACGCCGAUCUGCCGCACCACCGGAGCUGGACCUACGUGCUGUGGCGGUUCAUCUUUGAUGACGAGGUCGGCAUCCGGUGUCGCGUGAAGAGGAAGCAGGGCGGUAGGGUGGUGGGCGGUGGUACCGCCGUGGCGAAGGUGGCGGAUUGGAAGCAGGAAGAGGUGGAAGCAUGAUCAAGACUUGUGGGUUGGUUUUGCCC